CAAAAUGUUAUUCCUACAGCUGGCAGAUAAAGUCGUGGCACUGUGGUGCUUAGCAAACCGCCAACUGUUCUUUUACACUUGUUGUGAGGUUUAGAGAUCAGCAUUUAGCAAACCCAUAAUGACGGUGAAGAGCGUUCAGCGCCUGGUGAUUGUCGGUUUGGGUAACCACACACAUCCCUAUACUCGACACAAUGUUGGAAUGAUGGCACUCGACUUUUCGGUCAAAAAGCUUCUAGGUCCACAGGCCUGGAAACCGUCAAAACCGCUCAACGCCAUAAUAUCAGAAACUAUUUUGAAUGCAACUGCGGUACCGGGUGUACCGGAGGGGUGGAGCACCCACGUUGUUUUCGUCAAGCCGAGGACUUACAUGAAUUUCAACGGAAGUGUUGUCUUGAAGGCUGUUCGAGAAUAUGGGGUGCGACCCAAAGAUGUUAUCAUUGUGCAUGAUGAUCUCGAACGGAAAUUGGGUGCGAUAUCCGCUAAAAAGGGAGGAAGCGCAAAUGGACAUAAUGGGGUCAAGUCUGUCAUUGCAUCUCUAAAAACUGAUCAAUUUCCACGUAUCCGCAUUGGAAUUGACCGUCCAAUCUCUAAAUCUCAUUCCGACGUGGCUGCUUUUGUGCUCACCAAAUUCUCGGAUGAAGACACGGACUUGUUGAAAGCAGAAGGAUUCCCGGCCUACCAUCGCGUCCUGCUGCAGAUGAUCAAAGGUCAUGCUAACGCGCAAGGUGAACCGGAAUCUGCCCCAGAAGCCAGUAUCGAUGCUGCAUCUAGCUGAUUCCAGCAGUUGGUGGAAACGUGCUUGCCAUCUGCUUCGGCAGAUGUAUGCUCACACCGCGCCCCGACGCUUUGGCGAGCCAUUGGGGUUCGCCAUACUAGCUUUCUGGUGAUCUGACUGACCCUGAUGACCAACAAUACCACGAAUGAGUAUCGCCAAAAGGCAUGGAUAAAAAAUGGCCCGCAGACCCUGAACGAUAGCGAUUAGAGGACAACUUCCGAUUCGGUGAACUCUUUUGGCGUGAAAAGCAGAUGUUACAAAACGUAGGAGGGCCGGCCAGAACGUUCGUCUGUCCUUUGGCAUCACACUGGUUUCACCCGCGAUGCAUAGUCAUUUGUCGCUCGAAAAGCGCAAUGUGCAUCUACAUUAACAUGAACUUGAGAGAUGAAAGUCAUAGCGCUAGCGCUCAAACACUUGAUGCAGGGCACAUCACCUUCAUGGCAUUAAAUUUUUUGCGUUCAGUAGCCAAUAGAGGCAAUCUUAAGAUGGUUAUUGGGCGA